GAACCGCAUAGCUCUUGACUAAACCAUGUCCAGAUGAUCUGUUCCAGCGGUCAGUCACAGACGAACACUCGACGGGCAAUAACGCGUCGCUAUACCGCUUCUGUCCUAACGUGUGGCCAACGCCAUCCGAUCGCGGAUUAAACUCAAACUGUCGGAAUAUAACUCGCAAAUCACGAGGGCACGUUUGACCCGGGAGAAAGUGAUUGAAACAUGUGCCGCGAACCGGGUAUUAUAGGUAGGAGUUAACCGCACACCGGAAAAAGCCGGUUUCGUUGAGGCUUUUACGAGUAAACUUUUUUUUCCGCCGGGAAUCACCUGUUGUUGGUCUACAUCGAACCAACAUCAAAGUUCGGCAAUCAAAUUUGGCACGUUUGGUACAAACGGGAGGAAUAGUAAAUUUGUAAAUGUCAAGCGUAAAGUGAAACACAACCGAACAAGCUGUCGAGUGGAAGACCGGUAGCACCCGGAGUGGAAAAAUGUGCAGUGAUUUUAACUUGAUAACAAAAAGUAGCAGUGUGUAGAGUCUGUUACAGUACUAAUAACAUUCAACACGCAGUUGCAACAAAGGCUUUCGAGAUGGAUUCUGAGUCGAAAAUUACGAUGGCUGCUUUGAAGCAGACACUGCUCUCACUAUCCGUUUCACUAUCCUACUUCUGCAUCGGCCUGGUACGCGGCUACUCGGCGCCUGCUGUACCAUCGAUGAACGAAAUCAACCCUGGCCUGCUGCCGGACAAAAACAUAGCCUCCUGGGUCAGUUCGAUACCGCCGUUUGGAGCCUUCUUCGGCAGUCUAGUGGCAUUCCCACUGAUGCACAAAAUUGGCCGAAAGUACACAGUGAUGCUAACGUCACCCGUUUGGGUCACCGCAUGGAUUCUGAUAGCGACGGCGGAAGAUUGGAAAAUUUUACUUCUAGCCCGGAUGCUGUCCGGAUUCGGAGCCGGAUUGACGCUACCGUCGGCGCAGAUCUACGUGAGUGAAUGCAGCGAUCCGAAGAUUCGAGGAGUAAUAGGAUCAUUACCCGCACUGUCCAUGUCCGCCGGAAUCCUGGUUACUUACGUACUGGGGAAAUUCAUCGAGUGGCGGUUAUUGGCGUGGGUAUGCUGUGGCGUGGCGAGUUUCCUAUUUGUCGCAGUGAUUAGUUUUCCUCAAUCACCAGUGUGGCUAAAAACAAAAAAACGUUACGAGAAAGCGCAUCACUCGGCAAAGUGGCUUCAUUUACAGGGAUUUACGUUCGAUCCAAAGGCUCAGGAGAUACAAAAAGCAGUAAUUAAUGGAAUGGCGCACGAGCAGAAGGAGAAACCUUUCUCCAGGAAAGUCCUCUUUCGCAGGCCAGUCCUCGUGCCGUUGGGAAUCGGGCUUGCCUUACUCUCGAUUCAGCAGUUGAGUGGAAUCGACGCCGUGAUCUUCUUCACCGUUGAGAUUUUCCGUUCGGCGGGAAGCUCCAUGGACGGCCACAUCGCAACGAUCAUUGUUGGUGCCGUACAGGUGCUGAGUAAUUUCUCAGCCCUGUUCGUCGUAGACCGUGCCGGUCGGAAGCCACUAUUGAUCUUUUCCGGUGUCAUCAUGUGUUUCGCGAUGGCCUCGAUGGGAGCCGCCUUUCAUUUGAACUCGGUUGGAAAUACCUGCUUCGGUUAUCUUCCACUGGUGAGCCUGAUAAUCUUUAUGGUAGGAUUUUCUAUCGGUUUCGGAUGCAUCCCAUUCCUACUGAUGGGUGAACUAUUCCCAACCGCACAGAGAAGUCUGCUUAGUUCGCUUGCUGGAUCUUUCAACUUAGCAGUGAUGUUCAUAGUGAUUAAAACCUAUCACCCCUUAGAAGAUGUCAUCACGACUUCGGGUACAUUCUGGUUGUACAGUAUUCUGUGUGCCAUAGGAGUGGUGUUUGUGAUAACCUGUGUCCCAGAAACGAAAGGACGCGAUUUAGAAAGUAUUCACAAACUGUUCGAAAAGAGUCCCACGAAAGCGGACAGCAUAGAAACUGGUGUUAAACAAGGCCAUGACAAUGUUGCCAUGAGCACUGGAGAUGAGAUUUUACCUUGUGCUGAAGCGAGCAAAAUAGAUACUAAACUAUGAAGAGUUCAGCUGUGCUUUACUAACAAAAUAA